AAACAAAGUCACCUCAGCAUCUAUUUGAAGACAUCUAAGCAAAAAGUCGCCAUCUUUCCUUUUCUCUAAUUACUCCUGUCUGCAUCGACCACGUCGAAGUUCCUUGUGAAAUUAAACUCCACCUCAAAUCCCUUCAUUCCUGUACCUUCUCUUCUUUAUUCCCAUUGCUUAUCUCCUCCGUCAAUUCCCGGAUCAGGAAAUGCGUGAUCAUCCCUUUUAGGUUCUCUUGGUUCUUGCUGGAGUAUUUCUUUCUUGUAGCUAACAAGUUGAAUUGUGAAGAUGGGUAAGGACAAAGAGAAAUUGACCAAAAGUUGUGAAGAUCAAAAGUUGUGUGGUUCAAAGGAAGGGAAAGGGAAGAGAUUAUGGAAGAAGGUGAAGUACCAGCUGGUGGAGUACCAUUCGUUGCCUGCCUAUUUGAAAGACAACGAAUACAUUCUUGGCCAUUACCGGGCCGAAUGGCCUUUGAAGCAGGCCUUACUCAGCAUUUUCACUAUUCACAAUGAGACCCUCAAUGUUUGGACGCAUUUGAUAGGGUUCUUCCUCUUCCUUGCGCUGACCAUUUAUACUGCAAUCCAAGUUCCCAAGGUUGUAGAUCUACAUUCCUUACACAAUCUCCCUGAUGUGCUGAGGAAGGCUGAUUUACACAAAUUACAAUCAGAGCUUUUGACUUGUCUUCCUUCUUUGCCGCAUAUGCCUGAUUUGCACAGACUUCGAGAUGGUUUGCUACUAUCCCCCUCUAGUUGGCAUAUUCUUGAUCUCCUGACUAACUGUCUACCUGAGCGUUUUUCCCUCAGCAACCAUACGGAUGUCUGCGUACUGCGGAGUGUAAAGGAAGAUGUGGCAAAUAUAAUAGCACCAUUGCUGGUGAGACCAAUAACACGCUGGCCAUUCUACGCCUUCCUUGGUGGGGCCAUGUUUUGCUUGUUAGCAAGCAGCACAUGUCAUUUACUUUCUUGCCAUUCAGAGCGUUUAUCAUACAUCAUGCUGAGGCUCGACUAUGCUGGUAUCGCUGCCCUGAUAUCUACUUCAUUUUACCCUCCCGUCUAUUAUUCCUUCAUGUGUUACCCCUUCUUUUGCAACCUGUACCUGGGAUUUAUUACCCUCCUGGGAAUUGCCACCAUCUUGGGUUCACUCCUUCCUGUGUUCCAGACCCCAGAAUAUCGAACCAUUCGAGCAUCUCUAUUCUUUGGAAUGGGCUUUUCAGGUGCUGUACCUAUUCUGCACAAGCUGGUUUUAUUUUGGCACCAACCCGAGGCGCUUCACACAACUGGAUAUGAACUUUUGAUGGGCAUAUUUUAUGGCAUUGGAGCACUGGUAUAUGCCAUGAGAGUUCCAGAAAGAUGGAUGCCCGGGAAGUUUGAUAUUGCUGGCCACAGCCACCAACUAUUUCAUGUACUUGUUGUGGCAGGGGCUUAUACUCAUUACCAUGCAGGGUUGGUUUAUCUCCGGUGGCGAGACCUGCAAGGAUGCUAAGAGCUAUUCAAGAAUGGAAAAAUCAGUGAGAAUCCUUUAUGAUGCAUUAGGCUAGUUCAAAUGUACGUAAAUGUUGAGAAGAUGUGUUGUCCCUCUGUUGUUUGCCCAUCUUCAGUAAUAAAUGUUCUCAUUUAGCAGCGAUUAUCGGUCAAUUAUCCUGUAGUAUGUUAUCAGGCACAAUAUGUACUUUCGUAUUAUCUUCGGUGAGAUCUGUAUCUAAGAUUUUAGAGUUUCAACCACACUGAAAGUUAAUAGGAUCUAGUCCAGCUUGAAGUAUCUUAUACAAUGAAAUGAUUUCGUGGAGUAAA